AGAUACAUAAAGAUGUCGAGUCCUUAUUUAAAUAAUCUCAUAAUAAUCGGAUGCAUUCUCACGUAUACUUCGGUAAUAUUACUCGGUUUGGAUAGCGGUCUAACCAGUGAAUCAAAUUUCCCAUAUAUUUGCGCUGGAAGAGCAUGGGUUCUCAUGUCUGGCUUCACGUUAGCGUUUGGAAGCUCAUUAAAGACUACAAACUAUUCAUGUUGGUAGCGGUGCUAGUCUUCAUCGAUGUGGUAACACUUAUCACGUGGCAAAUAGUCGACCCUUUCUAUAGGGAUACACACAAUGGCACAGCAGAGCCAUCGCCUCAAAACGAGGACAUUUGGGUGAUUCCCGAAAUGGAGUACUGCCAGAGCAAGAGAAUGACUAUAUUUUUGGGCUCAAUAUACGUAUAUAAAGGCCUUCUGAUGGCAUUUGGCAUAUUCCUGGCCUGGGAGACGAGACACGUUAGCAUUCCAGCGCUUAAUGACUCCAAAUACAUCGGAAUGAGUGUAUAUAAUGUGGUGAUUAUGUGUGUUAUCGGCGCCGGACUGUCAUUCGUGUUGCGCGACCAACAGGACGCCGCUUUCGUCAUCAUUUCCAUAUUCAUCAUAUUCUGUUCGACAGCCACGCUAUGCCUGGUGUUCGUGCCUAAGGUGAGACUGUUAAUUGAACUGAAAAGGAAUCCUCAGGCGGGAGACGCGAGAGUGAGGGCAACACUUAAGCCAUUCAAAAAGUCUCGCAGAGACUCCGAUGAGAUGGAACUCCACCACAGAAUCAAAGUGGUUACUGAAGACAACUUCAGAUUCCGGCAGCGACUCAAAGAAAAAGCCUAUGAAUUGGAAGCCCUGACGUUCCGCUUAAGGGGAUUAGAAGAAUCAUCUCUUGUUAUAACUAAAGCAGAAACUCAACAAAUAAUCGGUAGUAUUGGCAGUGGUGUCGGCGUAGGGCUCGAGACGCUUGAUAUAAAAGAUAAGGAAUUGAAUGAAAGCAAAGAAAAUGUAAAGGAAUGCCAGAAAUGGAGUCCCUAUGAAAGUUUAAAAGUGACUUCACUCUCGGCUUCGCCAUCAUUUGAAGUGUCGGGAAAUGGAGUUUAUGACCAUAAGAUGCCUAUUCCUCCGCCAGAAUCAUGUCCUGAAUUCAUAGAACAAAGAAUAGAUAAACUACUGAAUAGAUGUGAAGUAAAACAGAGCUCAUCAGAGCUGCUAUCACUUCGAGCACUCUCUCUAAUAGACAAACAACAAACUAAUAGUAAUAACACAAAAAUCAAGUUCUCUAACAAUAGAUCUCAUAAUAACAGUGAUAAGAGUACUGAAAGUUCCGUUAAUAGUAGUAUUAGUUAUAAACAAUCGGAGUUUUUAUCUCCUGUGAGCGUAGGAGAGGAACAAUACAUUCAAAUUGAAACCAAUGCCAGAGACUUAGCCCUAGAGUCUGACGACACCUCUUAUGCGAAAGCGAUUCGACAGACAUCUCAUAAAUACCACAACGAGUUCUCCUCCUGUGAUGACGACGACAACGAUCGCUACGAACGCAACGGACAAAGAGGCAUUGAAGCGAUGCAUCGAAACACUAGAAGACGAGCGCAUAGUUUGGGAGGACUUCAGUCUAAUAGAGGAGAAGGCGUCUCGUAUUUGUGUGAGUCGUCUAUGGAUGCACUGAAUGUGACACCAAAUGCCGGUUCCAAUUAUGACAGCACUCAUAACAUUGAGAGCACUUUUAUUCGCUUAUUUCCAUACUUUAACCGCAACACUGAUCAGAAUCUAUUGAGAACCGGCUCUUCAUGUCCUCAGGUGACAGUCAGAUGUGAUAUCGUUGAAUAUCUUUAAUACCAUUCAUAUUAUUAUUAUUACCAUUAAUAUUAAUAAUACAUAUUUCACAUUCGGCUUAACAUUUAAAUUGUUUAAUAUAUUUAAAUGAUGAGCACAUCCUUUAUUAAAUACAGAAUCCUCUUUACAGAGUAUAUAUAAAAUAUAUAUAAAUAACACAUC